AUGAUGAAUGAAAAUCAUUCUUCUGAAACUCAUGAUUCUCCUUCAACCAAAAAGAAAAAAGGAGGAUGGAAAUCAGUCAAAUACAUUCUUGGAAACGAGACAUUCGAGAAAUUGGCUUCUAUGAGUUUGAUAGCCAACUUAAUUGUUUACAUGCAUACACAAUAUAACAUGGACACAACAUUUUCUGUUGAGGUUUUCAAUAUUUGGUCUGGUUUCACAAAUUUUCUUCCUUUGGUAGCUGCUUAUCUUGCAGAUGCAUAUACUGGAAAAUUUUAUAUGCUCAUAUUUGGCAGCGCAGCUUCAUUAAUGGGCAUGGGAUUCAUGUCACUAGGAGCUGGUGUACCCUCAUUAAGACCUCCACCCUGCUCCCCUUUUGAUGAUUGUGUACUGACAAAUCCAACAAGCACGCAGCUCGCUGUUUUAUAUGUGGGACUUGGGUUUUUCGCAAUCGGCUCAGGAUGUCUAAGACCAUGCAACAUUGCCUUCGGAGCCGAUCAAUUCGAUACAAAAACCGAAAAAGGAAGAGCACAGUUAGAGAGCUUUUGUAACUGGUGGUAUUUCUUAUUCACAAUAGCCCUUUUGGUAGCUCUUACUGUUGUUGUGUACAUUCAAACAAACAUAAGCUGGUUUCUCGGUUACAUUAUCCCGACCGUUUGCUUCGCGUUCUCCCUGACAAUCUUCAUUAUCGGACAAGGCACUUACGUUCGGUUAAAGCCAAACGGAAGCGUCAUAUGCGACUUAUUCAAAGUAGUUCUUGCUGCAUUUAGGAAACAUCAUGUUGAUAUGAAGAAAGAUUCAGAACUCUCAUUUUACGAUCCACCAUUAGCUUCUGACGAGCCGGAAGAAUCAAGACAAACAAAUCUCAAGCUUGCUCAUACAAAUAGGUUUAGAUUUCUCGAGAAAGCCGCGGUGAUUACAAACCAAGCUGAAGUCGACAGCAAUGGAAAAUCGAUCGAUGAUUGGAGAUUAUGCAGUUUACAGCAAGUGGAAGAAUUGAAGUCAAUAGUAACAACAUUACCAGUUUGGUUAGCAGGAAUCAUAUGUUUUCUUUCAAUGGGACAAGCGAAUUCUUUCGGAAUUUUACAAGCAUUACAAACAGACAAAUCAAUGGGAAAAAAAUUCAACAUUCCACCUGCUUGGAUGGGAUUAGUACCUAUGAUUUCACUCUCAUUAUGGAUUAUACUCUAUGAGAAAAUCUAUGUACCUUGGACUAAGAAAAAAACCUUAAAAGGUACAAGGUUGUCAAUAGUACAAAGACUAACAAUAGGGAUCAUUUGUUCCAUUGCCUGCAUGGUGGUUGCAGGCCUAACAGAAGUACGCCGCCGAAACAGCGCGUUGAAAAACAACUCAUUAGAAUCCCCUACAAGAAUCUGGUGGCUUAUUCCGCAGUUUGCUUUAUCCGGUUUGGUAGAAGUUUUCGCCGCGAUUCCUAUGAUGGAAUUGUUAACUGCAUAUUGGCCUGAGAGCAUGAAGACAUUAGGUGGUGCAGUGUUUUUCUUUAGCUUAAGCAUUGCAAGUUCAUUGAGCAAUAUUCUUAUAAAGAUUAUUGUUGGUUUGACAAAGAGGAAUGGUGGAACACCUUGGUUAGGUGGAAAUGAUUUGAAUAAGAAUAGGCUCGAGUAUUAUUACUAUACUAUUGCUGUUCUUGGAGGGUUGAACUUGUUGUAUUUUUCUUUCUUUGCUCGGUUUUUUCUGUCUAGUGAGGUGUUACAGAGACAGAUUAAAGCAGAAGAUGAAGAAAAUGAUAAUCGACAAUAG